GUGAACGCAUCACGCCAGGAGCAGCAGUGAGUGGAACAGGAGAAGAAGGAGGAGGAGGGAAAGUGAGAAGGAAACGGCAGGAGGAGGAAAAAAGAUCCGGAGAAAGUUUGGCAACAUCUUAAAAAAAAACUCUUCUUUGGACUUCUCCUCGGUGGGGAAAUCAUCAAGCGGGCCGGCUAGUUGUGUAUGGGCCGUCGUCUGGCGGAUUAUUUUUGCGAUGAGGAGCGAGCCUGUGCUUUUUACUUCCAACGGGGCAAUGGAUGAGUUGGUGCAGGAGCUUCGCCUAUUUCUACAACUUCUAGACCGGGAAUAUCUCAGCGCCGGUAUCCGAGAGAAGAAAACCCACCUCUCCAACAUCCUCAACAGAGUCAUCUCAGAGAAAGAGCUGUUAUGUAAGCCAGACAUCCACACUGGACUGCCAGCCCCACCUCAAAUGCCACUGCCUGAAAUCCCUCAACCCUGGCUGCCUCCAAAUACCGGACCACCGCCUUUGCCAAGCUCCUCUCUUCCAGAGGGUUAUUACGAGGAAGCCGUCCCUUUAAGUCCAGGGAAAGCCCCAGAAUACAUCACAUCUAACUUUGAUUCCGACGCAAUGAGCAGCUCCUAUGAGUCAUACGAUGAGGAAGAGGAGGACGAAAAAGGUCUGAAGACGCGCCACCAGUGGCCGUCUGAGGAGGCGUCCAUGGAUCUGGUGAAGGACGCCCGCAUCUGCGCAUUCCUACUGCGUAAGAAGCGUUUUGGACAGUGGUCUAAGCUCCUCUGCGUCAUUAAAGAUAAUAAACUUCUGUGUUAUAAAUCGUCCAAAGACCACACCCCCCAGAUGGAGCUGACGCUGACGGGUUGCAGCAUCACCCAUGUCCCCAAAGACGGCAAGAAGAAGAGACACGAGCUAAGGAUUGUCCACCAGGCGGCGGAUGCACUGGUGCUGGCCGUCCAGAGUAAAGAACAGGCAGACCAGUGGCUCAAGAUCAUGAGAGAGCUGUGCGGAAGUGGGACGUCUGAACUGGAUCGCUCCGGAUCGCCUGUCUACAAGUCUGAGCUGGAAAAGAAAUUGUCAUCCGACAAGCCGAGCUCAGAUGGCGAAGCAACGCCCGAGAACGGACACAUGGACAAGGAUAACGGGAAAGGCAAGAAGAAUUCCAAGUCGGAUCAAAAGACCGGAACAGUUGGGAAGGGUGCCGGAAUUAAGAUCACUAAGAUCAUUGGUCUGGGCAAAAAGAAGCCUUCCAUGGAGGAGCAGACCUCGUCAGCGGAGGAAGACGUGCCAUCAUGUGGAUACCUGAACGUGCUGUCCAAUAACCGGUGGCGGGAGCGUUGGUGCCGCCUCAAAGACAACCAGCUGCUCCUCCACAAGGACCAGGACGACCUGAAGAGCCACAUCGCCUCCUUGCCCCUACGAGGCUGCGAGGUCAUCCCAGGCCUCGACCACAAACACCGCUUUGCCUUCCGCUUGCUCCGCAACGGACAGGAAGUAGCCGUACUAGAGGCGUCCUCGUCUGAAACUAUGGGUCGUUGGCUCGGCGUCCUAUUGGCUGAGACCGGCUCCACCACUGACCCGGCCACGUUGCAUUACGACUACAUCGACGUGGAGACCACCGCUAACGUCAUCCAGCUGGCCAAGCAGUCCCUAUGUUUCACCAGUAAGCGCGCCAUCUCCCCUAACCCGUACUUGGACAACCCAGUCAGCAGCUAUGCCUGUCCCAGCGGCACGGCUCUGCACUAUGAUGACGUGCCGAUCGACGGAAUGUCGUCCAGUCCCAGCACAGGAGAGUGCCUGCUACAAGAACCACUGUACGAGAACGCGGUCUCAAAAAAGCCCUCUUCUCUCGCCCAUUCUUCUUCUACCACCAAAACUGCUAUAAGUCACUACCAAACACCUGUUUCUAACGUCUCCUCUAAGAUUCUAACUCAUACUAAAAUGCAACCUGUUACUAAGCUGAAGGGGAAAAAAGGAACCACGUCCAACAGCUCAGCAUCCAAACAAAAGGCUGAUCCAAAAAAUCUGCAAAAGAAGAACGGACUUACCGACGUGAAUGGGACUGCAUCUCUAAAACGCAACACCUCAAGGACAGAGCAGGUCAAAUACGGCAAAAAGCGCGUGGAGGCGGAUGCCAAGCGACUGCAGACCAAGGAAGAUGAAUUGAUGAAGAAGAAACAUGAGAUCCGGAACCAUCUGGCCAGUUUGAAGCAGGAGAGGAAGGACCUGCGUGAUACUCUUGAAGGGACGUCAGGCAAACGAUCGCAGGCUGCCAUGACGGCACGCCUGAAGAAGGUGGAGGUGGAGUGCAAGCAAAAGGAGGAAGAGAGAGUCAACCUGGAGCUGGAGCUCACAGAGGUCAAAGGAAGCCUGAAGAACGCCUUGAAUGGAGGAGUCACCCUAGGUCUCACCAUAGAACCAAAAACUAGCUCUUCUGCACUCCAGUCACCAGCAACAUCACGGCGAGCAUGCGAGUCGUCGCCUUUCUCCAGCUGCAGCGCCAGCGACACCGAGGUGUGCUUGCCCAUUAAUAGUGCUUCACUGCUCCGACGCCAACCUCUGGGCACCCAGAAGGCAUCGCCAGUCCGAGGUCACGUCCUGAGGAGGGCUAAGGAGUGGGAACAGAAGAGCGGAACAUAAAACACCUUCAGGUCAUUCUGUCUUUCUCUCAUGUUGAAAUUGUGUAUAUAUUUAUUUACAAUGUCCCAGUUAACCAAAAAAAGACCAACACACUUUUUUUUUUUUUUUACUGUUGAGCAUGUUUUUUGGGGGGUUUUUUUGUGCCUUUGCUUUGCUCCAGUCAACAGAAUCAAAUAUUUAUUUGUAAAAAAACAAAAACAAGAAUAGCUUUGCUUUUAUUUAUGUUUAUAUAUAAUUUUUAUUUAUAUAAGUAUAUAUAUUGAAUUUCUUUACAUUUAUUCAACUGAGUGUUAGACAUGUUAAUUAUUUUUAUUCUAAUUUCUUUCUGUUGUUUUACUGCUUACCUUAUCAUUUGAUUUUCAAGGACUUGCAUUAUUUUAAAAGCGGCUUAAAUUAUUAGAACUAUUCGGAAAACAAAAUGAAAAUGAUUUCUCGUACACUUUUUUUUUUUUUUUAGGUUUACAAGAAUUAACCACUGUUUUAAGGAUUUAGCUCAAUAAAUCUUACCUUGGAAACUAGACAACUGAAUUUAAAUAGCAUUUUUUAAUUUUACGCUGGUCCAAAUGUUUUUUCAACUUAGCUGUAAUCGUUCUUUAACAACCGAUGCCCAUUUUGUGCAGUCAAAAACAGGAUACCAGUGAUGAAAUCUACAUUCCGAUCUUUUUGUUUUGGAUGAGUGUAUUUUCCUCGUAGCCAGCCGUAGCUAAUUUGCAUGACAUUUGGCCGUCAAAUUUAAAAACAAAUUUACAUUUUGGCCUUUAUUUGUUGUGGUUAUUUUUUUACUUGUUUUUGCCUCUUUUUUUUUUUUUACAAAACAGGCACUUCAGUAUUUGAGUGCUAUAUGGAUGGAAUGUGUGAUUAUUGGCUUUGCGACUUACAAAACCCAAAACCAGUGAAGUUGGCACGUUGUGUAAAUGGUAAAUAAAAACAGAAUACAAUGAUUUGCAAAUCCUCUUCAACUUAUAUUCAUUUGAAUAGACUGCAAAGACAAUAAAUUUAACAUUUGAACAGGAAAACUAAAUUUUUUGCAAAUAUUAGCUCAUUUGGAAUUUGAUGCCAGCAGCAUGUUUAAAAAAAGCUGGCACAAGUGGCAAAAAAGACUGAGAAAGUUGAGGAAUGCUCAUCAAACACUUAUUUGGAACAUCCCACAGGCGAACAGGCUAAUUGGGAACAGGUGGGUGCCAUGAUUGGGUAUAAAAUCAGCUUCCAUGAAAUGCUCAGUCAUUCACAAACAAGGAUGGGGCGAGGGUCACCAGUUUAAGAACAACAUUUCUCAAUGAGCUAUUGCAAGGAAUUUAGGGAUUUCACCAUCUGAGGUCUGUAAUAUCGUCAAAAGGUUCAGAGAAUUUGGAGAAAUCACUGCACGUAACCUUGAAUGCCUGUGACCUUCGAUCUCUCAGGCGGUACUGCAUCAAAAAGCGACAUCAGUGUGUAAAGGAUAGCACCACAUGGGCUCAGGAACACUUCAGAAAAUCACUGUCGGUAACCACAGUUUGUCGCUACAUCAAUCAAUCAAUCAAUCAAUGUUUAUUUAUAUAGCCCUAAAUCACAAGUGUCUCAAAGCCAUUUAUCAACAACACCCAGAAACUCUGCCGGCUUUCUAGGUCCGAGCUCAUCUAAGAUGGACUUAUGCAAAGUGGAAAAGUGUUCUGUGGUCUGACGAGUCCACAUUUCAAACAGUUUUUGGAAAGUGUGGACGUCGUGUCCUCCGGAACAAAGAGGAAAAGAACCAUCUGGAUUGUUAUUGGCGCAAAGUUGAAAAGCCAGCAUCUGUGAUGGUAUGGGGGUGUAUUAGUACCCAAGGCAUGGGUAACUUACACAUCUGUGAAGGCACCAUUAAUGCUGAAAGGUACAUACAGGUUUUGGAGCAACAUAUGUUAGCAUCCAAGCAACGUUAUCAUGGACGCCCCUGCUUAUUUCAGCAAGACAAUGCCAAACCACGUGUUACAUCAACGUGGCUUCAUAGUAAAAGAGUGCGGGUACUAGACUGGCUUGCCUGUAGUCCAGACCUGUCUCCCAUUGAAAAUGUGUGGCGCCUAAAAUACCACAAGGGAGACCCCGGACUGUUGAACAACUUAAGCUGUACAUCAAGCAAGAAUGGGAAAGAAUUCCACCUGAAAAGCUUCAAAAAUUGGUCUCCUCAGUUCCCAAACAUUUACUGAGUGUUGUUAAAAGGAAAGGCCAUGUAACACAGUGGUAAAAAUGCCCCUGUGCCAACUUUUUUGCAAUGUGUUGCUGCCAUUAAAUUCUAAGUUAAUCAUUGUAUUCUGUUUUUAUUUACGACUUACAGAACGUGCCAACUUCACUGGUUUUGAGUUUUGUACAAUCUUUGAGGUUUAUUUAAUAGCGCCAAGAGCCUGAACUGACCAGGUCUAAUUAGCUAAUUGGUUUGGUCAAACACACCUUCUCAUUCAAUGAGUUUUCUUUAUUUUCAUGACUAUUUACAUUGUAGAUUGUCACUGAAGGCAUCACAACUAUGAAUGAACACAUGUGGAGUUAUGUACUUAACAAAAAAAGGUGAAAUAACUGAAAACAUGUUUUAUAUUCUAGUUUCUUCAAUAUAGCCACCCUUUGCUCUCUUGGCAUUCUCUCGAGUAGUCACCUGAAAUGGUUUUCACUUCACAGGUGUGCUUGAAGCUCAUCGAGAGAAUGCCAAGAGUGUGCAAAACAGUAAUCAGCUGUGGCUAUUUUGAAAAAACUAGAAUAUAAAACAUGUUUUCAGUUUUUUCACCAUUUUUUUGUUAAGUACAUAACUCCACAUGUGUUCAUUCAUAGUUUUGAUGCCUUUAGUGACAAUCUACAAUGUAAAUAGUCAUGAAAAUAAAGAAAACACAUUGAAUGAGGAGAAGGUGUGUCCAAACUUUUGGCCUGUACUGUAUAAUUUUAACAUGGUCAUGUUUCACAGAGACACUUUUAUCUAAUUAAGGUCAAUUAUCAGUUUGUCAUUGGAAUAAUGUUGUCAAACGAGUCACGAGGACACGUCUUGCCAAAAAAAAAUAAAUUCCCAACAAUUCUACAAACUCCCUUUUUUAUCUUUUCAUUAGUAUUUAGCGAAUUUUGCCAAUGGAAAUAUGUCAACACAUGUGAACGUGACAUAUGUAGCUCAGCUUUGCAUUGUGUUUUUAUUUGAUUUGUUGCACCUUAUAAAUCUUUUUACUUUAUUUUAUAUCUGACAGUCACCAAUUUGGCGACAAUAAAAAAUGCUUUGCAAAAAAACAAAA